AAUACAAACUGUUUUGAGACGACCCCUUUCCAUUUGGACAACCAUCUACCAGUUCGAUGUCAAAAAGUCCGGUUCAAUAAUUCCUGAAACAUAAAUUAAUCAAAAGCAAACAAAACAUAGUUGACAUGUAUUCAGCAAUAUCAAGAAUUAUGGCUCGUCAAAUUGCACCCUCAACUGCCAGCCCUGCUUUAAAGAUGAGUGCAGUAAAACCGCGGAGAAUUACAGGACGGAUGUUCUCUGUCCAAGCAUCGUUACCACGGUUUCCUGUUGCUCCCCUUCAACAGACGCUUGACAAGUACCUUCAGACUCUCCGGCCUCUAGUAUCUGACCACGACUUCAGGCAUGCACAAAAGCUAUGUGAAGAUUUCAAGACUGGUGUAGGGCCACUGCUUCAAACCAAACUGGAGGAGCGGGCACAGAAACACACAAACUGGCUGUCUGACUGGUGGAGACAGGUGGCAUACCUCGAUGUACGAGAGUCGUGCGUUAUUAACUCUAAUCCAGGGGUUCUCUUUCCGAAGGCUGACUUCAAUGACCUGCAGGGUCAACUGAGCUACGCUGCCAGACUUAUUGCCGGGGUUCUUGAUUACAAAGUCAUGAUUGAUACUCAGAUAUUACCAGUUGAGCACCUAGGGAAAGCGCCCUUGUGUAUGAUGCAAUACUACCAGAUUCUGAGUGCAUGUCGGAUCCCUGGGGUAAAUACAGAUGACUGGGUGUGCUUCCCACCUGACCAGCCCAACCCUCCCAGGCACAUCACCAUCGUGUACAACAAUAAUUUUUUUGAAGUGCCAGUCUACGACAGUGAAAACAAGCCCUUGAACACGACCCAGCUGCGGGCUCAGCUCGAGGCAGUUGUAAGUCAGGGGUCAAGUCAGGGACCACCACUAGGGCUCUUCACAAUGGAGAACAGGGAAAACUGGGCACGGGCUUACAAGAACAUGUGUAAAGAUGAGGUUACAAAGUCUAGUUUAGAAUCGAUCCAGCGGAGUAUCGUGGUGAUCUGUCUUGACCAGCCCAACCCCUCAACCCCCGACCCGCGCACCACCUCUGGCCACCAAAUGCUCCAUGGGGCUGGCUCUCAGCUACACACGGGGAAUCGGUGGUUUGAUAAAACCAUACAGUUUGUAGUCGGACAAGAUGGUGUGAGCGGCCUGAACUAUGAGCACACCUCGGCCGAAGGUCCCCCUGUAAUACACCUCAUGGACCACUGUCUAGAAUACAUAAAUUCUGGUAAAGACUGGGAGGCUGCAGGUAAUGCUGUCACACCCCGCCUUCUCACAAUGAACCUUUCACAUGAUGUGGAAAACAGUCUGAAUCUGGCCAAGGAGAACAUUGACAGGAUGGUGCAGGACUUGGACCUGAAAGUUUUCACAUUCGAAGAAUUCGGGAAAAACUUCCCGAAGAGUCAGCGUGUGUCGCCUGACAGCUUCAUACAGAGCGCCAUACAGCUUGCCUAUUACAGACACCACAGAAAGCCUGUGGGCUCUUACGAGAGCGGCUCCAUCCGGAUGUUUCAACUGGGACGGACAGAAACUAUACGAUCAUGUUCCUCAAGCUCUCUAGAGUUCACACAGGCCAUGUUGGAUCCCUCACAGUCCAAUCAGAAGAGAGCUGAGCUGCUCAGGAGGGCUAUAAAUAGCCAUAAACAGUACACUAAUGAUGCCAUAUCAGGAAAGGGUAUUGACCGUCACUUCCUUGGGCUGUCGUUGAUUGCCCAGGAAAACAAGAUAGAGCUGCCAGAACUUUUCAAGGACCCAAACUUUGUCUUCAGUAAGACAUGGAGGAUAUCGACCAGCCAGGUACCGGCCAAGUCUGAGUCAGUGUUGUUCUUUGGGCCGGUCUGCCCAGACGGCUACGGGUUCUGCUACAAUCCCCAGGAGAAGCGAAUCCUGUUUGGUAUCUCCUCCUUCAAGAGUAACGAUGUAACACUCCCCGCGGCACAGAUGUGUGAACUUGUGGCCGACAGUUUACGUGACAUGAGACAAGUGAUGGAGAGCUCGGUCAAGUCCAGUCUGUGAUCUGUGUGGGACAAUCUUGGUACAGAGUAUCAGAGGGUGGAAGUAAUAAGAUUGUAAGCGACAUUAGAUAAAGAAGGACAUAGAACCUUUUAGCUUCCAUCCCUCGCUAUGUACCUUUUAUUGUUUACCAGCUCAAUAUUUCUAUGAAAUACUGAAUAACAGUGCUAUGUUGUGACUUACUAUUAACUUAAUGCAGGAUAUGGAAUGAUCAUGUUUUACAGUUUCAUUCUAUUGAUACGUUUUAUACUUAUAAUUUUCAGCAUGAUAAUGAUAUGGGUUUUGGCCGUUGAAGGCUGUUCUGUAAUUUAAUAGGUUAUACAGUUAUACUGAAAAAUAUUUCUUUAGCCAGCUGUGUGUAGAAAUGCUGUAAAUUGAUUUAAAACAUUUUCUGAUUCAAAAGAAUCCCUUUUCCAGUUGGAAAUACAUAUGGUGCUACUGUUACUUUUGUUGGAUAAAAUUUCUGAUCAUAAAUGUCAAGAAUUAAAUAUUAAUGUAUAAGGUGUUUGAAAAUGGUGUCUGUGGAGGUUAAUUAUUGAUACAUUUGGCAUCAGUGUUGACUAUAUAGCAAAUGCAAUUAAUCUAUAGAAUGUCAUUGUCAUAUUUAUAAUGAAACUCUGGGGUAAUAAAGAUCAUGGUUUACUUGUAAAGUUAAAAAAAUUGGGGGGGGGGGGGGGGACAUUUGCUAAAAUAAUGGUAAGAAUAUGGAUAUAAAUGACUAUUUCAAAAGAGAAUUAAACCCCUUAACCCUGAUUUGGGCCUGAAUCCCUCAUACUCAAACUUUGAUUAUCCCUGGAAAUUGUAUCUCCGGCUUGGGAAUUUUUAACCUUGGGGCGGUGGAACAUGUAGGUAUUUGUUAUAAUGCAAAUACAGUCUCUGUAAUCAUUGUAUAUGUUGUUAUCCUGAAGACAUUUGUUAUGUUUAUUUAAACUCUUAAGCUAUUUCUACAUUGGCUUUCAGUUUAUCAGAUUAUGUACUAUUAUUUUAACUACAAGUACAUGCAUUUGUAAGACAGGAUUUCAAUUUUCCCUAGUCGGAAACCCCACAAUGAACCAAUGUGGAAAUAUGAACAGACGCUAAAAAAAUAUUCUGGCAACUUAGGUGCCUGACAGCUUCAUAGACCACUCGCCUAUUGAGACAACUGACAAUACAGGGUUAUUGUAGUGUACAGUAAAACUGCGAUCGCUCGAAGUCGCCGGGGACCGAGCCUAAACCUCGAGGGAACCGAUGUUUCGAACGACCCGAUUUUCAAUUCUCCAGUCUGUUAUGAAAUAUAUUUCAGUGUAUUUCAAGUAUGAAGUAGUCUGUUUACUAAGACAACGAUUAUGUGUUGCGUUGUGGAUAUCGCUGAUAUGUUCAAAGGCUGUCGUUUACUUUAUGUGUACUUAAAUAUAAAAUGUAAAAGAAAUAUCAAUAAAUCGAUUUUUUUACCAAAUAGCCAUAUUGCAAAGCAAAGUGACAAAAAGGAAAUAUUUUCAGAUAUUCCGAUGUUGGAUCUAGAUGGUUGUGUUUAUUCAUAUUUUUAUUACUCAUUUACAUUUCUCACAAUUAACUGCUCGUCAUUAACUUCUCAUUAUUAUGUUCUAAACUGCCCAUAUCAACUAAUAUCAGUCAUGCGUUAACAUUGUUAAACGGUUGUUCACACCUUAUAAAUUGCCUUUCAACUGUCAUUGCAAUUUUUACAACUUGCGAAAAUUUAAAUACCUAGCAAUUGUUUGUUUAUUUUGGAACAUGCGUUCGAGAAAAAGUGUGAAAUUAUGACCUCGAGGGAGCCAUAAGGUUUUGUGCAUGAUUUGUGUAAUUGGGACCAAGAAUAUUGCUCGACUCCUCGACAUAAUUAGGUUUCGAUGCAGCGUAGGUUUAUCUUAUAUGAAAAUAGAAGGAAAAAGUUCGGGACCAAGCUCCGACCUCGAGGGAAUGCCGGUUCUCGAAUGACCGCUUGUUCAAACGAUCGCAGUUUUACUGUAUUUUCAUAUAUAUUUUCAUUUUGCAAUUUCAUUUGAAGAAAAGUUGUUUCCCCUGCAUCAUGCAAAUUCAUUAAAACGAGAUUUUGUCCCUCUGUAUUUAUCAUGGAGUGUUACAGAAUAAAGUACUGUGGUUGCAGAUGAUGUCAAUUUUCAAGAAUUAUUAACUGAUUAUUUUGAAGUGCAUAGAUGCUCCAUACUGGCCUACUGUCUACACAAGUUUGUUUAAUUGUUAAUGUAUAUUUAUAUAAUACAUUUACUGUACAAAUAAAAUAAAUACAUUUAAAUUCCCA